AUGUUGAGCAUUGUGUACGGCGUCCUCUCCCUUCCCCUGCUAGUUUAUUGCAGCGCUAAGCUGCUAGGCUCCGAGAAGGCACCAAAUACGUAUACGUUCGCUCGCGGAUACGUGCUGAGAAAUAGAGUCACGCAUCAACGGCUGCUGCCCGAGCCUUCGUCGCAUCGGUUUGUCUAUCCCACUGUGUGUUUAUUGGUGUCGCUGUCUGCGCUGGAGAGAGGGGCCCUCGACGUGGGACGCGGCUGGCUUUUUGGGUAUGGCGGUGUCUUCGGGCGCUUGACGGGGCUUCGCCCGGGACCCUACCUGACCGCAGGCGGCAGCACUGGGAACGGCUCCUCGACCAUCCGCGAAAGGCUAGUACGGGUGCUUACACCCCGGUUUGGCAAUGCCGCUGAGUUACUGGAGGACGCUUGGAUGAUGACUAUGCCAAGCUUUCUUGGGUUCGAAGGGAUAAACCCCUUGACAGUCUACUUCUGCUACAAGUCGACUGGCGAAUUCUGGUUGUGUGUCUUAGAGGUCCGCACCCACAUUCAUAUUGACGGUUGUAUAUCUGAUGACGAACAGAUUCACAAUACUUUUGGAGAGAGCCACGUACAUGUCCUUGAAGUCGGCCAGCGCGAGGAUGCACCUCCUUCUGGGUCAGUAGCUGCUGAUGGUAUUCUGUGGUCAGGUAUACCUAACCAACAAUGUGCUGAUAGGUACGACCAUCAAUGGACGUUCCGACGCGAAUUCCAUGUGUCACCCUUUAACGACCGGUCUGGCUUCUACACUGUCGCAAUCAAACAGCCAAACCAUCCUCCUAUGGCUCCGCCGUCUGAUAACAAGUUUCCUCUACCUGUCGUUCGCGUCCAGCUGUACACAGACUCGGACUCUGAUUCUGCCCCAGACUCUCCUGGACCGCUGAAGCUUGUCGCUGUGCUCCGGUGUACAUCCUCUGCGCCUUUAACCGCUCCUUCGCUACUUUCAGCUCUCCUGUGGGCACCCCUGGGUCUGCUCCUCUCGUUCCCGAGGAUCCUCUACCACGCAUGGAUCCUUCACUACGUCAAGCGCCUAGACGUAUUUCUGCGCCCAGAACCGUUUCCAGCGAACCCCGACUGGGCUGCUGGCGCCACGAACCCACCAAAGCUCCCGCAGCCAGCCGGCGUGAAGUGGCAAAGCGAGGGCAUCCUCGAGCGUUCGGCUAAGCGGCGCGUAGUCUCCUUUCUCCGGCAACGCGCGGGAUCAGCAGGCAUAUCCGUAUCCCUCGUUUCUGCUGAUCCGGCAACACCUCGAGAGGACUUUCCGCUGCCCUCUGGGGGCGACUCGAAGGCGGGCAGGCAUCUGCAGAUAGAUUAUCUUGCCCCUCGGUUCUUUACUAUCCUCUUCCUCUCGCCGUCCGCUGCGCACGCGCUACUCCUCGGACACACGUCGGACAAGGUCUUCUUUCCGUCUUCUGCUGAGCUGUUCCUCGAGGUAUUCUCUGCCCCUCUGUCAAGUGUACCACCUCUUUCGGCGGCACAGCAGGCUCGUCUCCGAGGGUUGCCCCAUUCGUUGCAGCAUUCCCUCGCCCUACCUAUACCGCCAACCCACCCACUUGAUCUUGGAUGGAACGCGACAGUGACGUGGUCCAUGGUGAAGUUGCUGAGGACGCUUGAGGAGGUGGAGAGGUGGAUAUUUAGUAUCGCCCGGGCUCGUCCAGUGAAGGGAGACGAACCUUGGAAACAGUGGGAGAGAGCUGAGCACGCGCUCACGAGUAGAGAGGAUUUCGGUACACUGCGGAGAGAACAGGAAGGGUAUGAGCAUGGUAGCGUUCGGUCUGGAUGA